AGCUCACCACCGCGAAGCAGGGAGUGGAGUGUAGAGCGUGUGGAGUUUGCGUCACUUCGUUCUUGGCUCACAAAUUUGCUUGACGUAUCGCAGACUCGCUGAGCGACCCCCUUUCAUUGUUUAAUUAUUCUUCGAACCCCAUAACGUAAAAAUAACAGCAUGGUAGACCAGGCAGUAGUGGACAAAUUGGAAGCUGGCUUUGCCAAGCUCGCUGCGUCGGAAAGCAAAUCCCUGCUGAAGAAGUACCUCACGAAGGAGAUCUUCGACCAGUUGAAAACGAGGAAAACCUCCUUCGGUUCUACACUUCUGGAUGUGAUCCAAUCUGGCCUGGAAAAUCACGACUCUGGAGUUGGUAUUUAUGCCCCUGAUGCUGAGUCUUACACCGUCUUCGCUGACCUCUUCGACCCCAUCAUUGAAGAUUAUCAUGGCGGAUUUAGACAGACCGAUAAGCACCCUCCUAAGGAUUUUGGUGAUGUUGAUACGCUUGGAAAUCUUGACCCUACUGGAGAAUACAUUGUGUCCACGCGUGUAAGAUGCGGUCGUUCAUUGGAAGGAUAUCCAUUCAACCCUUGUUUAACUGAAGCCCAAUACAAAGAGAUGGAGGAUAAAGUCUCAAGCACUCUCUCUGGACUUGAGGGCGAACUUAAGGGAAUCUUCUACCCUCUCACUGGAAUGAGCAAAGAUGUCCAACAGAAAUUGAUUGAUGAUCAUUUCCUUUUUAAGGAAGGUGAUCGUUUCCUCCAAGCUGCCAACGCCUGCCGUUUCUGGCCAACUGGACGUGGUAUUUUUCACAACGAUGCGAAAACCUUUCUUGUCUGGUGUAACGAGGAAGAUCAUCUUCGAAUUAUCUCCAUGCAGAUGGGAGGUGAUCUUGGCCAGGUCUAUCGUCGUCUAGUAACUGGAGUAAAUGACAUCGAAAAGCGAUUGCCUUUCUCCCACAACGACCGACUUGGUUUCUUGACGUUCUGUCCGACAAACCUAGGAACGACGGUCCGCGCCUCUGUUCACAUCAAGGUGCCAAAACUUGCAGCAAAUAAGGCAAAGCUCGAAGAGGUUGCUGCGAAGUACAACCUCCAGGUUCGUGGGACACGCGGAGAGCACACAGAGGCAGAAGGUGGAAUCUACGACAUCUCUAACAAGCGUCGACUUGGUCUCACUGAAUAUCAGGCCGUGAAGGAGAUGCACGACGGCAUCGCUGAGCUUAUCAAGAUCGAGAAAGAGUUGUAAAGUCCGUCUGCAUCUUCUCUAUGUCAAAUAACUUUAACUUUGCGCAACCUCCAACGAAAACACGUUUAUUACUAUUAAUAUUUUGUUGUCUCUUUCUUAAAAUAUGCUUGCCGAAUUCCUUUUAAUUAACGUUCACCAAAAAUACAAACGGGCAAUGAAUAAACCGCCUGUAUUAUGAGACGUCCAUUAUAACUUCAGUAUUUUUUUUUUGCAUCAUUUAAUGAUUAGUAUACGUUUAAUUUUUUUUAUUUGUACAAAGGAGGUAGUCGUAUUAAAUUCGAAAUUAGGACAAAAAUAAAAAGACCUACACUGUAAUUCAAAAUUUCUUAUUUUGAUACCCUCACAUAAAUUAAUAAAGAAUGACAAACUC